CCAGUUCCAACCACCUGCUAUCAAUCAAGUACAUAUAUCGUUUCAGCAUUGCCUGUUUUCUUGAACGUUCUCUACAAUGCCCAUGAUGGCUCGCACUGGCCCUCUGCAAGAACUCCCACUUGCGCAUUUUUUACCCAGCAGCGCUAAUCCAGUUCCUAUCAUUGCUAAACCAGCUAAACGCCCUCUUUCGCCUUCAAAAUCCACCAUUUUUAGCCCGGCUAAGCGCCGCAUUCUGCACUCAGAGGGCAUCCUUCUACCUGGUGAAGCUUCCCCGUCGUCAUUGCCAUUUCACAUUCCAUAUUCUGGAAGUGAUGUCGGACCCUCCCACGAUUCGUCAAUAGCAUUGACAUCACCCGCACAAUAUGCUGGUGCCACCCAGGGGAGCUCAAGGGAUAGACGAACGCCGAGGAGACCUUCGCCAAAGUUGAUACGUUCAACCAAUGGUGCAGGAGAUACCUCAGCAUCUGCACUUAGCCUCCGUCGCUCGUCUCGCCUGCAGUCAUCCCAACGCGACGCUGAAUCUGGCGCUGCCUCAAUGGCAAUUCCUCGCGAAAUGCCACUGCCUCAUGAUCGUCAGUCAGUGCAUUAUCCUGGCUUUGACACGUAUCAAGAUACGCACAUAUCUCUUACACCAUCGCGACGUACCAGUCCGUCUUCUGAUAAUGAAGACUCAUGGCCUAGUAGUUCUGAAGAAGUCCUUUCUGAAAGGGAGAUCACUAAGGAGAAUAUUCCUCCUCGAAAGAAAGCCAAGAAAGCCUCUUUGAUACGAUCCUCUCUUCUGAUAGACAAAUCGUUUCGCUCAGAUCGACCUACCACUCGAAGGGAAUCCCAUCAACUGUCCGUUAUCACAGCUAGCAGUUGUGGGGUUAUAACACCACGGGCGUCUUGAAGAUAACCCGCGACGGCCACCUUCUCAACAUAGGAACAUGGGAGGGGGUUUGGGGAGGAACUUUUAAGCUUACGGGACAGUCCAUUUGAUUUACACAACCUAUUUUCUCCUAUCUUCCAUCCGUCUUACAUGGUUGGCCCCAUCUAUCAUUCACAUGGUAUUUAUGAGAUCUCCGAUGACUAUCUGCACAUUGUCAGUUACAUAUAUUUGAUACUGUAACGCCGGUUGCUAGAACAACAUGUGGUUCAACCCAUGACCUUCGAUUUGUCGGUUUAAUUCAAGUCUAAUUUGUUAUGUU